AUGAUGUACUAUGAAGAUGAUAACGUAGAUACACCAGAAGCUGUUAUCACCAUUCCUUUAUAUGUCGUCUACGUCAUGGCAGCUGCUCUUUCAACUUCAUUCUUCGUUUUCGCUGUGAUGAUCUACAGAAUGAGAAAACCGAUUGAUUUGGACCGUCUUGACUGUGAGCAGCAAGCAGCUCUUUUCCAUCCGGAUCGGUUGGCUCCUCAGAUCAUCACUCAACAAGUUCAACCAACAACUUCUCUUCGAAGCAAACUGGCUCAUACCAUACCAUGGAAGAGCCAGAACGUCAUUGACACUUUGAAACCAGAAGUUGUUGGGGAGUAUCGAGGAAAAUUGAACUUCUCCAUUACAUAUGAGAGAGAGUGUAGUACUUUGCAUGUACAUCUCUUGGAAGCCAUGGAUCUCCCUGUCAAGGAUUUCACAGGAAGUUCCGAUCCGUACGUUCGUGUGUUCAUUCUCCAACAGCCCAACAGAUCUGAGAGAACGAAGGUCCAUCGUCGCAAUCUCAAUCCUAAAUUCCAUCAAACAUUAUCAUUUCCUGGGCAUUCAAUGAAGAAGCUUCAUGACAUGACGCUUGUUAUGCAAGUAAUGGAUUACGACCGAUUUUCGGCAGAUGAUCCGAUCGGAGAAAUUCUGUUGCCUUUAAAGAAUGUCAAAUUCGAUAACAGCCCCGUCUAUUGGAAGCAUCUUCAACGACCAACUGUAUCUCAAGAACAAUGCGGCGAACUGAUGGUCUCUCUUUGUUACUUGCCAGAACUGAAUAAGAUAACCGUGAGUGUUAUUAAAGCUCGUGAAUUGAAAGCUAAGGACAAGCUUGGAAGUUCAGAUCCCUACGUCAAACUAUGGCUUGUUCAACAAGGUAAUAAGUUGGAAAAACGAAAAACAGCCGUCAAGCCGCAGACAUUGACGCCAAUAUUCAAUGAAAGUUUUGCCUUCAAUGUGCCACCUCGCGAGAUUUUGGAGAAGGAAGUCAAUUUGGUCGUUACGGUCAUGGAUUAUGACUUAGUUGGGGCUAAUGAUGAAAUUGGACAUGCAAUUGUUGGUAAUCUUGGUGGAGAUUCGGGAAUGAAGCAAUGGCAUGACGUCAUUCAUCAUCCGGAACAACCGAUUGCUGUCUGGCAUAAGCUAUCACCAAGAUGGUAA